UGGGGCGUGUAGCCUACUGUGGCAGUAACAAACAGUCAUUACGUUACAACUGUGUGCUAUCAGAUCCAUAUCAACCUCUGUUCUAUAUUCGACCGCUUUGUGGUGUUUCGGAUUGAAUAGAGGGAAACUGUAAGCUCGACCCUAUAGUUGACAUGGGUAUCUGACUCGAUAUGCUAUUGUUAGCUAGCUGAUUGGAACAGACCAAAGGUUGAACAUAUCCAAUUGGUUCAUGAUCGAUGUUCUCGUGCGGAAUUAAGAUACGCUCUGGUAGAGAGAGCUCGUGAGGCAGCGGAGUGAGACUGGGCUAGCGGAGAGAUUACCUGUCCACCCGUCGCCACGGACACAGACAAACAGUGGCAUCAGAUCCCAAACCAUACCUACUUGAACAGGUGUGCCUGUGUGGCCGUACUUGAGACAGACUGCCAUAAUGGAACCCAACCCCGCUGUUAUGAAGCAAAAGUGCCAGCAGGAAAUUGCUAACUCAAGCACGAACUCUCCCGUGGAUAGAUUCAGAUACAAAUUGUUUCUACAUUCAGGGGAAGCAGGGAUUAAAGGUAUUGGCAGGAUGUUUAAGAUUCUCGACGACGACGGCAACAGGAAACUGAGCAAAGAAGAAUUCAAGAAGGGAAUAACAGAACGUCGUGUCAACCUCACACCGGCGGAAUUGGAGGCUCUCUUUGCCGAAAUCGACAAGGAUAACACGGGAUCUAUAGAGUAUGAAGAGUUUUUGAAGGCACUCCGGGGUCCAAUGAACUCGUGUCGGCUGAAGCUGGUGGAACAGGCCUUCAAUAAGUUGGACAAGACAGGCGACGGCAUCGUAAUGGGCGAUGAUCUGGAGGGGGUGUACAACUAUCAGCACCACCCAAAGUUCGUUAGUGGGGAGUGGACUGGCAAACAGUGCAAACGGGCCUUCUUAGACAGUUUCGACAUAAAGGACCAUGGAGACGGAAUGGUAACUAAAGAAGAGUUCAUAAACUACUACCACGGAGUGAGCAUCAGCAUCGACCAGGAUCCCUACUUUGAUCUGAUGAUGAGGAGAGCGUGGGGCCUCUAACAACCUUGACAGGUGACAAACAGCUAUUUCAACAACGUGGUCCGUGUCUGCAACAGAAGGUCUGACACAAGAAACAGUACAGCAUCAGAAGUCGAUGAUUUGUAGCUGGCCAUUUGACUUUUCUGGUUGUUUCAAUUGUCGAAAAUACAUUUGCCUAGAACCUUCAAAAAUCCAGUCUGUACAUUUUGAAUUUAAUUUUUAAAACAUCACUUAUCAUCAAUUUACCUAUGAGAAGUCAGUAAAUUCAUUACAGUUACGACGACGUGCAUGUUCCCCGUCUCUGGGAGUAGGUAGUGGUUUUUCAUCAAGGAAGCUGAUAUUAUAACUAUAUAGUAACUAGGUUGCCAGGUGGAAGAUUCUCAAUGUGUGACAGUGCCUUCGACACGUGGACAGCAUGGGUGUUCACAAAAUAGAUACCAGGAAUACUCUUCAUUUUACAUUUUUUUAAUAAAUAAUUUCCUUUAGGGGGGUUCGAAGAAUUCGGCUGGAAAUAUGCUAUAUUCAACUUUACUGGCAAAGCGUUAUGUAUUACUCUGUUUGACUACAGGUGGCGUCAGGGUGUAUACAAGCAUCUGUGAUUUACAAUGUUCCGUAUACAGCAAGAAUAACACAUCGGGCUCGUGGAGUCUUGGCCUGUAUACCACAUAGGGCUCGUAGAGUCUCGGCCUGUAUACCACAUGGAGCUCGUGGAGUCUCGGCCUGUAUACCACAUAGGGCUCAUGGAGUCUCGGCCUGUAUACCACAUAGGGCUCGUGGAGUCUUGGCCUGUAUACCACAUAGGGCUCGUGGAUUCUCGGUCUGUAUACCACAUAGGGUUCGUGGAGUCUCGGCCUGUAUACCACAUAGGGCUCGUGGAGUCUUGGCCUGUAUACCACAUAGGGCUCGUGGAGACUCGACCUGUAUACCACAUAGGGCUCGUGGAGACUCAACCUGUAUACCACAUAGAGCUCGUGGAGUCUCGGCCUGUAUACCACAUAGAGCUCGUGGAGUCUCGGUCUGUAUACCACACAGGGCUCGUGGAGUCUCGGUCUGUAUACCACAUAGGGCUCGUGGAGUCUCGGUCUGUAUACCACAUAGGGCUCAUGGAGUCUCGGCCUGUAUACCACAUAGAGCUCGUGGAGUCUCGGUCUGUAUACCACAUAGGGCUCGUGGAGUCUCGGUCUGUAUACCACAUAGGGCUCGUGGAGUCUCGGCCUGUAUACCACAUAGAGCUCGUGGAGUCUCGGCCUGUAUACCACUUAGGGCUCGUAGAGUCUCGGCCUGUAUACCACAUAGGGCUCGUGGAGUCUCGGCCUGUAUACCACAUAGAGCUCGUGGAGUCUUGGCCUGCAUACCACAUAGGGCUCGUGGAGUCUCGGUCUGUAUACCACAUAGGGCUCCUGAAGUCUUGGCUUGUAUAUCACACAGGGGUCGUGGAGGCUCGGCCUGUAUACAGUGUGUGCCCUUAUGGUAUUGGACUCCUGGACUUUUGGUCUGAAAAGGGCUUCUUAAAUCUUGAUCUGUAUAGAACUCCCUGUUUAGAGGUGAACAAUAAAAGUUUGAAACUGUUCUCCUGUUUGCAUCAUUCUGUCUGGUACCAGCUACCACGUGGAAGGCAGGUAGCAUCGCAGAACAUGACAUACUGUAUCUAGCCUGCUGCAUUCAGUUGGAUUCCAUCAUACAUUGACUGUCAUACAUUGUCGUUCUUUGAUUUUUACCUGUUUUCAAAAGUGAUAUGUUUUGCGUUUUCUAGUGCAAGAAGGACAUGUCCAUACUGAAAACUAAAGGGGACAAGCCAAGUUGACUCACCUCUAGUGUUACUAAUGAAUGGUGGUUUUAUUCCUUCGUAUAAUCUGUAUGUUAUUUCACUUUUGUUGUUCUUUAUACACUUGCUUUAUAACAAAUAUACAAAUAAAACAUUGUCAUCCUC